CCACCAUUGACAUAACGUCCGGAAACGAAAGUAGAUAUACUGCCCUCUGGUGGUGAUAAUGUUAGUGCACUGUGUUUGACCAGACUCUGGAAUAACAAGUGAUCAAGCGUCUGGUUGAGCGAGACGAUUGUAAACAUGGAUCCGUGGCCGAGAAUUUUGCAAGUAAUGAUAUGCCUCGUCUUGGCAAGGUGCGACGUUAGCGCUGAAAAAUGUUCAAAAGGUGAGAGUGAAUGUCCAAAUGACGAUCCAAAGUCAUGUGGUUGUUCAAUAAGUCGUGACACUUCCAUAUAUAAACAAUCUGGUGAUCUUAAGCUUGAGUCGGUGGACCGUUACCGACAGACAAAAGAUAAACUCACACCGGCUUCGAAAACUGAUUUUCCUCGGACUCAUGGCAUGGUCAACAUUCCCGGUGGUUCAUUUUUUAUGGGAACGAAUGAACCCAUAUUCGUUGCAGAUGGAGAAGGGCCAGAACGAUUUGUCAGAGUUAAUGCAUUUUACUUGGACAAAUAUGAAGUCAGCAAUGCCGAGUUCGAAUUAUUCGUCAAUGCUACAAAUUACAAGACUGAAGCUGAGACCUUUGGCAACUCAUUUGUAAUGGACACGUAUGUGAGUGAAGAUGUCAAGAAGAAAAUCAAACAGGCAGUGCAAGGUGCUCCCUGGUGGGUGCCUGUAGAUGGCGCUGAUUGGAAACAUCCGUAUGGAGAAGACUCUUCUACAAAGGAGAUCAUGGACCAUCCUGUGCUGCACACAUCCUGGAAUGAUGCUGUGGCUUAUUGUGAAUGGAUGACCAAGCGCCUACCCACCGAGGCAGAAUGGGAGUAUGCUUGUCGUGGAGAUAAAGUGGGCCGAUUAUUUCCAUGGGGAAACAAAGUAAACCCUAAGGAAGAACACUGGAUGAACAUCUGGCAUGGAGAGUUUCCAAACUCUAACACGGCAGACGAUGGUUAUGAAACCACAGCUCCGGUUACCGCUUUUCCUAAACAAAACAAGUUUGGCCUGAAGAAUAUGAUAGGCAAUGCUUGGGAAUGGACAUCAGAUUGGUGGGGAACUCAACACUCCACAGAAUCCAAAGACAACCCCAUGGGCCCAGACAGAGGUGCUGACAAAGUGAAGAAGGGAGGGUCUUUUAUGUGUCAUGAGACUUACUGCUACAGAUAUCGAUGUGCAGCCAGAAGUCAGAAUACACCUGACAGCUCUGCAGUCAACCUUGGCUUUCGGUGUGCCAGUAAUAAACUGCCAAAAUAUCUACAUAUGGAAGAUCCCUAAAUUUAUAUGAAUAUGUGUUUUGCAUGAAUUUUACACUACCUUUAUGUAUAAAAUAAUGCUGAAUAAAAUCUUAUUCAAUGUGAAAAACUUC